AUUAUCGAGGAGGCCAAAAAAUCAAACUAAAGAAAUAAUUGAAGUCCUUUGGAAUCUCUCUCUUUCUCCUCUUCUCACUUUCUCUAUCCUUCUAAAAGGAUAAAGCCAGCUAAAGGAAAAGAACUAAUUACAUACCAGCAUGCAACUUCUGUGUCCCCUCCAAAGUAAGCUUAUAUGUCGACCUGCUGAAUUUUCCCAGAGAACACACUAAAAUUUUCCCGGAAUAUAAACCAUAUGGAGAAGCUUACGGAUUUGAUCCACCUUUUCGUCACCGUCUUCCUCUCCGGCUUGGCCUUCCUCAUGGUAUUUCCGGCCAUAACCGAUGUCACCAUGACAGCCCUUUGUCCUGGUCAAGAUGCGUGCUCACUCGCCAUUUACCUCUCUGGAUUCCAGCAAGCCAUAAUAGGAAUGGGAUCGGUUGUGGUAACUCCCCUAAUUGGGAAUCUGUCUGAUCAAUAUGGAAGGAAGGCCAUGCUGACUAUCCCUUUGACUCUCUCCAUCCUUCCUUUAGCAAUAUUGGCAUACAGCAGAACAACCAAUUUCUUCUACGCCUACUAUGCGUUGAGGACUCUCACUGCUAUGGUCACUGACAGUGGCAUCAACUGCCUCGCUCUUGCUUAUGUGGCGGACAACAUUUCAGAGAGUAGACGAGCGUCAGCAUUUGGAAUUCUUUCUGGCAUACUCCUAGCCUCCUUUGUCUGUGGAACUUUAGCCGCUCGUUUGCUCCCUACUUCUUUAACAUUCAAGAUUGCUGCAGUUGUAUCAAUGAUUUCUGCUGUGUACAUGAGAAUUUUUCUGAAAGAUAAAGUACUAGAUGGUGAAAAUUUAACUCGGCCAUUCUUAAAGAGUGGACUCGAUGAAACUCAUCAAGAUGAUAGUGAGUCACCCAAGAAACCACCAGUAUUUAAGAAGAUUCUAACACUUGGGGAUCUUAUUUCCUUGCUGAAGUGUAGUGCAACAUUUUCACAAGUAGCAGUUGUUGCCUUCUUCAACAGUCUUGCAGAGGGAGGAAUCCAAGCUUCUGCAAUGUACUAUUGGAAGGCUAGGUUUCACUUUAACAAAAAUCAGUAUGCUGAUCUAUUGCUACUUGCUGGAGCUGCAGGAAUGGUGUCACAGCUGGUUUUCAUGCCUUUUUUGACACCUUUUAUAUCAGAGGAAAAACUUCUCUCAAUAGGACUCUUUAUGGGUUUCAUCAAUAUGUUUCUCUACAGCAUAUCAUGGUCAAUUUGGGUUCCAUUUGCGGCGACAGCAUUAACAGUUUUCAUCGUUUUCGUGCCUCCAUCUUUGCGCAGCAUUACGUCCAAACAAGUCGGCGCCAAUGAGCAGGGGAAGGCUCAGGGAUGCAUUUUAGGCAUAAGUUCCUUUGCUAACAUCAUUUCCCCAUUAAUUUUCAGUCCUUUGACAGCUUUGUUCCUGUCCGAAGAUGCACCUUUUGAAUUCCCUGGUUUCAGUAUGUUAUGCAUUGGAUUUUUAAUGAUGAUUGCAUUCAUUCAAAGUAUUAUGAUAAAGGCUGCUACUCCAAUUCCAGUUCAAAAAAACAGCAAUAAUUGCAUGGAGGCCUAAUUCUAUGUUCUGGCCUAUUGGGGAAUUUUCAGCCCCAAUGUUCAUUGGAAGUGAUCAUAGAACUCCUUGCUUAGACAAGGAAGAAAGUCAUCACUAGCUUAACAUUAUAUAUGUAUACAUGGUUCAUAUUCUAUAUGCCUUUUAUGAUAACAUUCUGAACGUGUAAUAACGUGCAUUACACGUUAUACUACUCAUAAUUUAUUUUUUAAUAUAAUUUUUCGUUAACA